AUUUCCGGUGUGGUUUGACGUUACAGGGCCUUCUGUGACGUAAUUUCCGCUGUUGCCGUAGCGUCUGCUUUUCGCGCAUAAAGUGAAGUGUAGCAGAACAGCAGGUUUAUCAAGCAGUCAUGGCCAACCAACCGAUGGAUAUCAUAACAAAGGUUUUGGAGCAGUCCGCAAAGCUGGUGGAGGAGCAGGUGGACGCACAACUGAGCAAACUGAAUGAAAUGGAUGAAGACGAUCUGGAGAGACUCAAAGAACGGCGGUUGGAGGCGCUGAAAAAAGCCCAAAAACAGAAGCAGGAGUGGUUGUCUAAAGGCCAUGGAGAGUACAGAGAAGUCCCAAGUGAGAAAGACUUUUUUGGUGAAGUCAAGGAAAGCAAGAACGUUGUCUGCCAUUUCUACAGAAAUUCCACUUUCAGGUGUAAGAUCCUUGACAAACACCUGGCUAUCUUGGCAAAGAAGCACGUGGAGACCAAAUUUAUUAAACUAAAUGUGGAGAAGGCUCCAUUUCUGACAGAGAGGCUGCGGAUCAAGGUUAUUCCGACACUGGCUCUGCUCAUAGAUGGAAAAACGAAGGACUAUGUGGUUGGAUUCUCUGACCUGGGCAACACAGACGAGUUUCCCACAGAGAUGCUAGAAUGGAGACUUGGCUGUGCAGAUGUUAUUAACUACAGUGGUAACCUGAUGGAGCCUCCCACAGUGACUCAAAGAUCAGGCACAAAGUUCACAAAAGUGGAGAAGAAAACCAUCCGAGGGCGAGGUUAUGACUCCGAUUCAGAUUCUGACGAUGACUGAAAAGCACUGACAGUUGUCUGGUUUUCUCGCUCAGGGCUACCUCAUUUAGAAACAAAAAAUCAAACAGCCAGCCCGUUUUCAUGUUGCCUCUCCCCUUUUCUCAGUGACUUAUCCAUUUCUCACUUCUCCAUAUUUGUUUGUACUACAAUAGUUGAUACUUUUUGAAGGAAUUAACACUUUUCUUCCAGCCAAUUUAAUCAUUUGUGAAUCCCAUUGUAUAUUUGAAUAAACUGGACAUGCAUUAGUAUACAUACUGAGCCACUGUACCCUUCAUGCUCUUAGUUUUGUUGUUGAUUAGAGCUGAAGCACCAAAGCAUUGGCAGUGAAGGCCCUGUUGUAUCUGCUCCAUUUCUAAUUUUUUUCCACUUGAGAUUCAUGCCCAUUUUUGAGGGGCUGAACAAGGAUGAAAACUGAUGUUUCAGAAGUUUUGUCAGUUAAAUUGCAAAAAUGACUCUCUUGCCCCCUUUAGACCACUGCUCCGAACUACUUUUACCAAUCACAAUGAAAUUUGGUACUCAUGUAUUGACUUCCAACUUGGUCAGUCAAGUCUUAAGAGGUUGAAAAUGAAAAUUUAUAGAAACGAUCAGUCAUCACACUAUGUGUUCAGGGCGGGAUGGAGAAUUUUGAUGUCGCAUUAAGAAAAACAAAACCAUUAUAAGUAAUUAUAACUGAAGUUUUUGUCUGAUUGGCACUGAACUUCACAUGUAUGAAGUUUCACCAUUAACAUAAUCAUGAUAUUGAAUCUCCCUCAGCACCACCGAUUGGUAAAAGGAAAUGAAAGUUUUAGUUUUUUCUUGCAAGUUGAACAUAUCACACUUAAACUGGGUCAAACAAACCCCAACAAGUUGAGGAUAAAAUGUCUUAAAAUUAGUCACCUUUCAUGACUCAGUAUGUUUAUGGUGGCACAAGUUCUGAUGUUUUAUCCUAAAGCAAGAAAUUAUUUUAAUGCAGCUGUAGUCUUUCAAAUCUGCAUCAGAUGUCUUCUGUAGAACAAGAGUCCUACCCUGAACAUACUGACAUGAUAAUAGUGAGCAUCACUUACAGAGCAACCUACUGGAACUACUGGAAACAGGAAAUCAAAUUCACAAUAUGAACAUCAUCUGAUUGACACUAGUUACUCCACACAAUAUACAGUGAUGCCAUGGUUUUAUGACUGUUCUGUAGCACCACAUAGUGGACAUUGGAAGUCACAAUUAACUCAGUUGUGCUACAUCCUCAACCAUGUCAGCCCCCAAAACACCUCCAUGACCAUGACCCACUCAGAGUUGCAUGAGGGUGUGUUGGCCCAUUCAUAACUUCUUGCAGUUACUAGCUCUGUCUUGUCAUUGGCUAAAGUCAUAAGGUUUUGUCUUCCAUGUAAUUGUGAGUCUGUUAUUCUAAAAGAAAUCACGAUGCAUGUGAGUGCCAAGAAUGUCUUUCAGCAUUUCAUUUACAGAAAACAUUUCCUUGUAA